AUGUUCGUCUCGACGCUAAGGUCGCCCAUCUAUGAGCACGUCCUUAAACCCACUUCCGAGUCCGCUGAGCUCAAGCCUGGCUUCGAGGCUGCCGUCAAAGAGAACUUGAGUGGAUUCUCCAGCUCUGAGCAUGCUGCUCCGAAAGAUUCUUCUUCAUCUCCAGUCGGGCCUAUUCUCACUGAUUCUCCUGUUGCCGAGCCUGCUGGACCUACUGAGCCCACUUCCUACAUAGUGGGAAACCCACGCGUGGCGCCUGUUCUCGCUUUCUACUAUGUAAAGCUUCAUCUCAUCGCCAAGGACCUUAUCAUUUGCGACGCUGCUAAGGGGAAAUGCAUUUACUUCUUUGGCUCUUGCGGCGCGAUCGAUCGUGAGAUUCCAACCAAGGGGAUCAACCUCGGCGAUGUUAUCAAGGCCCGCUGCGCGGAAUGUACUCCCCGUAAGCAUCAAGUCGGCAACGGCCUCGGCGCUCAGCAGAUCCUCGCAUCAAACCUGCCGUCUUCGACCUGUCUGCUCCCCGUCCUUCAAUUGGUCUAG